AUGAGUGCUCUCUCACACUCCAGUAAUGCCCACAACAAUUCCUUCUUCACCAUCCCCACCAUCAAGUUCACCAAGCUCUUCAUCAAUGGCCAUUUUGUUCAUUCCAUCUCAGGAAGGACAUUUGAGACUAUAGAUCCAAGAACAGAAGAGGUAAUUGGAAGAGUUAGUGAGGGAGAUAAAGAAGACAUCGAUGUUGCUGUUGCAGCAGCACGUCAUGCAUUUGACCAAGGUCCAUGGCCUCGCAUGCCCGCCUCUGAAAGGGCAAAAAUUAUGAUGAAAUGGGCAGAGCUAAUUGAUGAAAACAUAGAAGAAGUAGCAGCUUUGGAUACCAUUGAUGCUGGAAAGUUGUACUAUUUCAACAAGGUUGCAGAAAUUCCUUCUGCAACAGAUGCUCUACGUUACUAUGCAGGUGCUGCUGAUAAAAUUCAUGGCAACGUGUUAAAAAUGAACGGUGAUUUCCAUGCAUAUACAUUAAUGGAACCAAUUGGUGUUGUGGGACACAUAAUCCCCUGGAAUGCCCCUAGUCUCUCAUUUUUCAUCAAGGUUAGCCCUUGCCUAGCUGCAGGCUGCACCAUGGUCCUCAAGCCUGCUGAACAGACUCCUCUCUCUGCUUUGUUUUAUGCUCAUCUUGCUAAGCUGGCUGGAAUCCCAGAUGGAGUACUGAAUGUAGUACCUGGAUUUGGCCCAACUGCUGGUGCAGCAAUAAGCUCACACAUGGACAUAGAUGCGGUCAGUUUUACUGGUUCAGUUGAAAUAGGACGUGAAGUAAUGCAAGCUGCAGCUAGGAGCAAUUUAAAACCAGUUUCACUUGAAUUAGGAGGCAAGUCUCCUCUCAUUAUUUUCGAUGAUGCUGAUAUAGACAAAGCAGUGGACCUCGCACUCAUUGGCAUCAUGUCUAACAAGGGAGAAAUUUGUGUGGCAAGUUCUCGUGUGUAUGUCCAGGAAGGAAUCUAUGAUGAAUUUGAAAAGAAGUUGGUGGAGAAGGCAAAAACUUGGGCUGUUGGGGAUCCUUUUGAUCCCAAAUCGUUGCAAGGGCCUCAAGCUGACAAGAACCAACUGAAGAAAAUACUUUCCUAUAUUGAGCAUGGAAAGAGAGAGGGUGCCACCCUUUUGACCGGAGGUAACACAGUGGGUAACAAAGGUUACUACAUUGAACCCACAAUUUUCUCCAAUGUCAAGGAGGACAUGCUCAUAGCACAAGAGGAAAUAUUUGGCCCUGUAUUGGCGUUGAUGAAGUUUAAGACAAUGGAGGAAGCAAUCAAAAGUGCAAACAAUACCAAGUAUGGUCUAGCAGCAGGAAUUGUGACCAAGAACUUAGAUACUACAAACACUAUGUCAAGAUCCAUUCGUGCAGGCAUUGUUUGGAUCAACUGCUAUUUUAAUGUGGGAAGUGAUGUUCCUUUUGGAGGGUACAAGAUGAGUGGAUUUGGAAGAGAUUUGGGAUUGGAAGCACUUCACAAAUACUUACAAGUUAAAUCUGUUGUCACACCUAUUCACAAUUCUCCUUGGCUUUGA